AUGAAAUUUUGUGCAAUAAUAACAAUAGUUGUACUUGUAUUAGUAACACUUGAUUUUUCAAGUGCUGGGAAAAGCAAAAAGAAGUGUCCUGAAACUAAGGAAGAUAAACUCGGUAAAAUUGAAGUUCACUUCAAAGGUGGUAAAAAAACGGCGGUUGGUAGAGGUACACUUCAUGCAGAUGAAACACACAUCGAUUACUGUGAUAGACCAUAUCCGUCAGAACUAGACAUGAAAGACGCGACUGAAAUAGUAUUUACACCUGAUACGGGUUCUAAAACAACAUAUGACGCAACAUAUGACCCACACAAUCCAAUUUAUUUUAACAAUGCAGAAUGGCUCGGUCCGCGUUUGGUUCUCAAGAAAAAAUAA